GUCACGGAUGCGGGAAGAUCAACCGUCAGGUGCAGUCGACGAUGGGGCGGCCUCGUCAGACAGAGCCGAUUUUGACGAGUCUGUUAAUAUCUUUGGCGAUGAACAUCAUAACAAUGACCAGGCGCAGACAGUCUGGGGAACCGUGAAAGAGAUCUUUGUGAACAAGGACGCGUGGAAGAUCCAUCUCAUCAUACUGUUUGUUUAUGCGGGAAUGCAAGUCGUACAUAGCUACUACAAGAUCUAUGGACAAACCUUUAUCAAGAACGACACGUAUUUGGGUGUAGUCGGCUCCAUAGCAUCCGUGUUCAACAGUUUUUGUAGACCGCUCUGGGGAGUCGUGUUUGACAAGAAAGGUUUUAAGUUCACCAUGACGAUCAUCUUGGCAAUAUACGUAACGCUGUCUUGCACCAUCAUGUAUACAGAAAAGAUCACUGCCCACAACCAGGCCUUCGGGGAGGCCUGUUUCAUGAUCUGGAUAUGUGGAAUGUACGCCAUGUUUGCAGGUCUGUGGUCCGUAUGCCCGACUGUCUACAGUAAACUGUUUGGUCCGAACAACAUGGCAGUGUGCCUGGGAUAUCAGUUCCUUGCGCUGGGGAUCGGUAUACUGGUUGGAAACUCCGCUGGGUUGUGGCUGAAGGAUAUAAUUGGCUGGCACUGGAUGUACAUCCUCGCUGGCACCAUGGACGCUGCAGCGUUCGUCUGCACACUGUGGUUUAAUGGCAAGAACAUUGAUACUGACGACGAUAUUUAAAUGGCACAGCCACGUCAGAGUAUACCACAUUGACCUUACUGACAUACAAGAGGACGAUGCUGCUGUUGUUGUUGGUGUAGUUCUUUGAUGCUGUUGUUGAUACUUCCUUGAAAUAACAACAGCAAAAACAAAAUCAAAAGGAGUCUAAUUAAAUUGCAUUAUAUACGAUGGUUGUGUAAAUGUUCCUCUGUCAUUCAGAAUUAAAUACGUGCCAUGGAAUCGAUAUUUUCAAAUAUGUUGCUCAAAUAUAUAGCGGAUUACAUGGCUACAUGUAUAUAAAACCAAUUACAUUUUACUUACAGCUCGAUUUAAGGAAAUUCAAUGAAUAUAUUCAGAGUUGACUUUGAUUUUAUAUGCACUGAAGGGGUCAUCAUAUGAACUUUCUUAGGAAAUUCAAUUGAUUAACUAAG